AUGCGUUGGGGUAUUCAGGAGCAUGCAGCUGAUGACCACUCUACUGUAGACUUAUGCCUACAAGAAUUAGAUCAAUGCUGUCGUCUUUCAUUGGCAACGAGUUGUGUUAUUCUAUUGAGCCAUCGAUAUGGAGGUCGAAUGCUGCCAGCACGCAUCAAACAGUCCAUUUUUGAAGCUCUUGCAAAUGUUCUCUCUAUUGAAGAUAAUGCUUACAUCAAUCAAUUUUAUCAACUAGAUAAAAAUCCACUUGAACAUGUCUAUGUUCUUCGAUCUAUUGAUCCAGCUGCAAAAAAGGAAUGGAAAGCAUCUGAGGUACAACUGCAACAGAUCUUACGUUGCGCUUCUGAUCUCUGCAUACAAAUGAAGGCAAUCAGUGAAGAUGAAAGAAAUGAAUUUCAUGUUUCAGGUAAGUUUCUCUGCAAGGGUUUUUAA